AUGAGUGUGGGGUUACCCGAUGUACCUGCUGUCUCCUUCUCUGACGUUGCAACUGUCUCCCCUCCUCUUAAGGAGUUGCUGCCUCGGCUACAGUUGCUGCAGGCUGAAGCGUCCCUUGUGGUGUCGCUUGUAAAAGGAGACAGAGAACAAGGGGACUCUGCGGAUCCUCAGGAGACAGCAGACGCAGGGACCCUCGACGCCCUGGAGACAGUUGCGCGAAUUGCUCGUGCGUCGCCACCACCCAGCUGUCUCCUCAUGUCUCCUUCACAGCGUCUCCUGUACGUGCUGCAGCAGCUGCUGCGCCUCAUGAACCCCCACUCGCUGCAGCAGCAACUCGUUCAGGAGACACCUGUCUCCUGUCCCCUGCAGAGGGAGGAGGCGGAGAUACAGCUGGCGCCAGCGGGGGAGUUUCUACUCGAGGCAAUGCGUCUCUGUCUCCAGCAGCACGCUGAUGCUGCUGCUGCUACUGCCGCUGCUGUUGCAGCAAGGAGACAGCAGCAGCAAGAGGGAGACAGCAGCCUCCAGGGUACACCAGGAGACACGCAAAGAGACACCUCCAUUGAUACUCUAACACAAAACAACGCCAAAGAGCCCAAUACGGACGCAAGCGAAGGAAACCUAACAGAAUAUCUACUGCGGCUGCGAGCCGAGAGAGAGGCCCUAGAGACCUUGCAGUCGUUCGCUGCUGCUGCUGCUGCUGCUGCUGUUUCGCCUGCUACAACUCUGUUCUCCUUAGAGCAGCUACUAGCUAGCCCCUCCCUCCAUCACCUGGAGGCCCUGAAGGCUCCCGAGGAGACGGCCUAUCGCGAGCUCUUCUAUCACUGUCUCCUCCGCUGCUUCGCUGUCUUCACCGCCCCUUCCCCAGCAACUCUCUUCGACUGUCUCCGCCUCCAGCUAGCCACCGUAUGCAGGGAGAUGCUGCAACAGGCAGGCCUCCAAUCGCUCUGUCUCCUCGAGUUUGUAAGCAGCAGCUCCAAGACAAAGGAGAGGGCAACUCCCAAAACCCAAAAGGAGACAGUGAAAAAACACUUGCUCCUCCCCCCCAAAAGCUGCGAUGCGUCUGCUAGGGCCUUCUGCUGCUUUUUAAAUCCUUCUCUCAGGCCAUACUCUCCGUGGCUAGUGUCACAGCAGCAAAAUGGAGGAUACAGCAGAGCAGCAGGAGACAGCAGUAUAGCAGGGAACAGCAGAGCAGCAGGAGACACCAGAGCUGCGGGAGACAGCGGAGACUCAUCGUGGCCCAGCUCAGUGCCUGCUGCCCCACACUGGGAGCCGCAGCAGCGAGCAGUCUCCCCUUUAUGCGGCGAUGUUUACUGUUGCAGAAAGGCGACACUGUCUCCUGCUGUGGAGACUCCUUUGGGUGUAUCCUGCAGCUGCAGCAUCCCCCAAGAGUUGAAGGCCCUUGAUGAAGAGCUGAGGCCCUCAAGGAAAGGAGACAGACAAAAGUGGAGUCUCCUUCGUCUCCUCGCGAAGUGGCUGAGGACGCCGGCGUGGAGACAGAGACUGAGAGGAGGAGACAACGACUCAGGAGACAGCAGCACAGCAAACAACGAAAAGGGAGGCACCCCACUCCCUCCCCUUCUAUUGCCCUAUGGCUCCUCUGUUACACGCUUUGGUGACUGGGCCUCAGAUCUUGACCUCGCGCUACUGCUGCCGUCCCGCUGCAGCACCAGAGCAUCAAAGGAGACGCUACAACACUCGUCUUGCUGCUCUCGAUUGUCUCCUUCUUCUCCCUGCUGUCUCCUUUGUGGCCAGGAAAGGGACUGUCCCCACGACUUUCUAUCAAAGGCAGACGCCGCUGCAGUCCUAACAAGACUUGAGGGUCUCCUCCGCAGCGAGGUGCAGCUGGAGGGCCUCUUCACCUGCCUGGAUGUUGUGGUGCCCCAGCGAGCUCCACCGGUGCUGCGUGGGGUGUACAGACACCCGAGAGGCCCCCAAAGACGGCCAAGCAAAGCGGCCUCGUGCUGUUCCUCAGCCAGCAGAGAUGUGUCUCCUAACGAAGAGUCUCCAAGGGCCCAGAACCCUUCUCACGUCCCUUCAGUCCUGGGGAGAAAAGGGGACAGAAAGGAGACUGGCAGAGACAGCGCAGGGGCAGAGUCAAGCCCAAAAGAGGUCUCUAAGGAGACGGGAGAAACCAAACAAACCAAAGUCCUCACUGCUGCAGGGCCUGCACAGGGAGGGAACAGCAGAACAGCCUUGGGGGUAUCUCCACCGGGGCCCCCGGCGGGGCCCCCCGGGCCCCCCUCAUCAGAUCCACGAGAGCAGCAGAGAUACCCUGUGAAGGCCCCCAAGCUAGGAUUUGACGCUGAGCCUGUCUGGGGGCCGUACACCGGCGUGAAGUUUGAGAUUACUGUUGGGUGUCCCCUGGGCCCUCUGAACUCUCAACUGUUGGAGACGUACUCUCGCUGCUGUCUCCUUCUCCCACCUCUGGUUAGAGUGCUUCGGCACUGGGCAGAGUGCAGGGGUCUCCUAGGUUCCCGUGACGGCUGUCUCUCCAGCUACGCGUGGUCGCUGUUGGUGGUAUUCUUCUUGCAGUCUGUUUGCACACCUCUGCUGCCUCAGCUGCAGCAACUGCCUUCCGCUGCCGCGCCGCUGCAGGCCUCCUUCAAGGUCUCCCCCGUGUACGAGAGGAGACACUUAAACGGGGACUGUCUCCGAGGCCUCCCUCUCCACUCAGCGCCAGUAGAGAUCGUGGGGGGACGCCACAACGUCUGGUUUCUUAGGCCGGGGGCCCCCACGCACCCGUGGGGCCCCCGCGCCUUGGGUUUGUUGCAGCCUGCAUUGAGGGGAGCUCGGGAGGCCCAGCUGCUGCAGUGGAUGCAGCGGUAUCUUCCGGGGUGUCUCCUUCUGCUCCCUGAGGGGACACCUGAAAACCCCACAGACAAUCCUCAUCACCUGCCAGACACAGACAGAUGCAGGAACGGUCUCUUGCUGCCCCAGAAAUCCCACAACAGACCACUGGUCAGGCCACUGUCUCCUGAAGAUAUUCGAAACCCCACAACAUCCGGGAAUCGAUCCCACACGGGAUCGAGGGAUCGAACACCCAGGGCAUCGGGGGAUCGUUCCCGCUUCUGCCGGAGCAAAGCUUGCAUUGAGUCUCCUCUAGGUGAUGAUGAGUGGGGGACACUGGCGUCUUUAUUUUAUUCUUUUUUUGUGUUUUUUGGUUAUUAUUUUAACUCCUUCGCCCUCCUGGUGUCUCUACAAGCCCCGUCUCCGAUACCUAAGCUGUCCCUUAGCAGAUGCAGGCCAAAGACAACCGACUCGCCAGCAAAGGAGACACUUGAGAAGGAGACACUUCCUGUCUCCGAGGGGACAGGGGGCCCCCACCUGUCUCCUCGCAGCGGAGGCACGGGACAACGACCCCCUAUAGGGCCCAAGGGGCCCCCACCCCAAGACGCGAGACAGAUAAGGGCUGUACGGGACAACGACCCCCUAUAG